AUUCAUCAUAUUAUAUUACAUAAAUGACACGUUCACUUUCAAAAUUAGCAUGUUCCAUGAGAUCAACUGUAUGUUCCAAAACCUCAUAUAUAUAUAUGUUCUUCCUAAACCCGACAGUUUCGAGCCCCUAUAUUGAUAGUGUUAGGAACAUCUGCUCACUUAAUUGACAGUUCCAACUCCAGUGUAUUCAGCUGGGAAGGACACGCUCUGUGUUCAUCUGUGAACGGCGCUGAAUAAUUUGCAGUAUUCACUGAAAACCCGUUUUCUAAAAUGACGGCCAUGGGCAGUCUAUAGAGAUUGGAACAGGGAAUAAUAUUAUAUAUACUAAUGUAUAAUAUUUAUACUGAAUACACUAGAAAUGCACUGCACUUCCUGUACGGUUGUUCACUCUUAACCUGUCUGAGAAAAAAAAUAUGCAACCCUGACGCUUUGUGUUUAUGCAUUUGUCGUCAAACAGCAUCAGAAAACUAUUUGCAAGCAUCAAGUGAACUAUAGGUUACGUACGCUUCACACAUCUCCGUUCAUGCGCUGUAAUGUAGGGGAGGUAACUUGGUAAACAUUCCGCGACACAAAAUUAGACCAUGACGAAUCUAAGCUGAUUUCACAAUUCCACCUGGGAACCAUGGCUUUGAGGCGAAUAUACAAGGAAUGGCAGCAGUGUUUGGAACAUCCUAUGGAAGGGAUAUCCUUCGGGCCCUUCGCAGAAAACGUUUUUAACUGGGACGCGAUCAUAGAGGGUCCGGCUGGUACACCCUAUGAAGGUGGGAUAUUCAUGUUGGACGUGGUGUUCCCCAUGCUAUACCCAUUUAAACCCCCCAAGGUGCAGUUCACGACACCUGUCUAUCACCCAAACAUCAGCAGGAAAGGCUUUCUCAACCUUCACGUUCUUAGAGAGCAGUGGUGUCCAGCGCUCACUAUAGCCAAAGUUUUACUGUGUGUGAGAUGCCUGCUGGUGGAUGGCAUUAAUGCGGAUGAUCCUUUGGAACCAGACAUUGCCCGUCUGUACAAAACUGACCGUGCGAAAUACGAGCAGACCGUCAGAGAGUGGACGAAGAAAUAUGCCAUGUGAACUCAUUUCCACAACUCACCCUGUCAGCUCAUCUCCACAACUCACCAUGUCAGCUCAUCUCCACAACUCACCAUGUGAAAUCAUCUCCACAACUCACCAUGUGAACUCAUCUCCACAACUCACCAUGUGAAAUCAUCUCCA